AUGUCUGCACCAUCCAGUUCAGAACUAGACCUCAUUGAUCUUGCGAGAAGAAUUGCACAUACUCAUUGUAAUACUCCAAGUGUAUCUUGCCGCCUGCACAACGAGCAAGGCGAUUUUAGCAAGACCUACAUUGUGAAACUUGAGGACCAGUCCAACAUUAUCGUCCAAUUUCGAGACACUCCUCUGGACUUGUCCCUCUAUGAGGUAGCACGCGAGAAAUUGGGAGCCCUCGUUCCAACUAUCGAGAAGAACGCAGAUAUCGCCGUUUCCAAGCACGUCUACAUCAUGAACUACAUCGACGGAUCAAUGUGGAAUUCUGCUCUUGGUGCCUGGCCAGGCGCCUGGGAUGACGACGCUGCGAUCGCUGGCCAACUUGGAGAUGCGUUAUCGCGUUGUAUAGUUGGCCCCGACUCCUCGGAGGUCGUUGAAUCUUACAUCAUUCCCCGCCUUAAAUCCGUGUUGCUCGAAAACAUUCCAUCAGACCGACUUGAACUCCGUCGAAGUGUCGAAGAACUCAUCUCGAUUGCUCCUAAUCUCAAGAAACUCCCCCUUUCUUUAUCCCAUUUGGACCUCAAUGCAACGAACGUGAGAAAGCCUUCAUGA